GAAAAACCUGGCGGCUUGACACGGCCUCUGCCGACCGUAAACAAGGAUCUAAAAUGUUGUGGGGUUAAAUCCUGUCUCUUUUCCCCUUCCUCUCUGUGUUUGUCUAUGAUCCCGGUUUGUUUCACAAGUCUUAUAGUUAAUCCCGCUGCCAGCCAAGAGCCAGCCAAAUUGUUGCUUAUGGUGCCCCCAAUCCAAAAUGCUUCCAUCGCUGGGAUGCUUCAGGACGCUGGAGUGUCCUUUUUACAACGGAGGGGCCGGACAGUGUUCACGACCCUAUUGUCAUUAUAGGCAUGGAAAAAGAGAUGUCAAUGCCACUACUGAAGACAAUGUAUUGGGGUCAGUGGCCAACACGGCUCAGGAGCAGAAUGAAGAUGAAGCCGUGGCUGGGACAAGCAGUGAAUCCUCCCAUAGAAGUCGAGCUGCGAUGUACAAAGCAAUUGUUGAUGCGGCACCUGCAUACAAUCCUACUCCAAUUUCUCAAUUAAAAUCAUCUCACAUACCUAUUCCUUACACCCCUACUGUUCCUACUAGAAGUGCUGCUGUUAAAAAGAGUAAACCCAGUUCAGAGUAUGUCCCACAUCAUGUUGGGACAAGUCGACCUUCCUAUCCAACUUACUGCCCAACAUCAAUCAGCAGCCUCAAUUCCCAAACCUCAAGUUCCUCUUCAGCGGAUCCCCUCAAGAACCCACUUUACGAGAUGUAUGGACCAGAAGGUGCUCAAUACAGUCCAAAUGAUGUUGAACCCAUUGGGACAGGCUAUUCUUAUGCACCUGAGAAUUCAUCAUAUUCUCCAUACUCACCCGAAUAUGUACCUUCCAAAGUAAAGGACAACCCAACGUACAGUCUUCAAGAGUCUCAGCUAUCAGAUGAUGACGAUGUGGACCUAGCAGCAGAGACAGCUGCACAGUUAAACGGGGACCCAAGUGGUGGAGAGAGCUUGAUAGAUCUUGAUUUGUCUGAACUGGACAAUUUAGAAUUGGACUUUGAAGAAAAUGGUGAUGAUAAUGCAUCCAUGAAUAUAGAUACAGAAGAAAAUUUGAAGCCCAGCUGUGACAGUAAUAAAACUAAGGUACCCAAAGAGGCAGAAUCAAGUCAUAACAGUAGUAGCAGUUCUCAUAAAGGUGAAAAACGAAGAAGUAGCAGUGUGAGUUCUGGUAAUGAAAGUAAGAAGCCAAAAGUGUCGCAUGGAAGUUCAGACAAAAAUGGGCACAGUGAAAAGUCAUCUUCAUCAUCAAGUUCGAAAAAGAGUUCCAGUAGCAGCAGUCAUAGUAAAAAGAGCAGUAGCAGCAGUAGUAGCAGUAAAAGUAAAUCCUCUUCCUCCUCUUCUUCUAAAACUUCAUCAUCAAAAUCAUCAUCAUCGAAGACAUCCUCUAGUAGUGAAGCUAAGAAAAGCCAUUCAUCAGAAUCAAAAAGUAAAAGUAGUUCAUCUAGCUCAAGUUCGAAACACAAAGACAAGCAUCGUGAAAAAGAGAAGGAUAAAGAGAAGGACAGAGAAAAAGAUAAAGACCGAGGGAAAGACAAAGAAAGAGGAAAGGAUAAAGAUCACAGUAAAAGCAAGCACAGCAAAAAAUCAUCCCAUCGAUCUGCUGAAGAAAGAGGGCAGCAAGAGAUUCAGAGAGUAAAGCUGGAGGAGGAAAUAAGGAAAAUAGAAGUCGAACUAGAUGCAUCCCUGGAAGAUGAAGACAUGAUUGAGCAGCAAUGCUACGAAAUGUUCAGCGAAUUCUCAGAAACAAUGCAAAACCAACCCGCUCUCUUUUCAACAGAGGAUCAAAGGGUAACUGUAAAUGAUGAACCAGCACCCUCAGCAACAAGCAAAAAAAGGAUAGCACAUCAAGCAUCCCAUUCGUCUUCGCAACCAAGUGCCAAACCAGUUCCUACUCUAGCGAAAAAGUCCUCUCCAUAUCAGGUUAUGAGAGAUCGCUGGGAAAUGCUCAAGAAAGAGAAAAUGCAAUCUUUAGAGUUGAAGGCGUCCUUAGCUGUUGCUCCUGCUUCUGUGCCCCGACCGUCUGCACCUGCCCCUUAUUCCUCAACUAACGCUCCACAAGCAUCUCUGCCGACUUCAACAAGUGCACCUGCAAAGAAAAAAAUUGCUGGGGUGUCUAAUGUUGCCAUGCUUCUUAAGCCUCCAACCACAUUGAAAACUUCAAGUACACCUAAAGCAACUGGUACUUCACCAAGUCGAUUUUAUGACAAAACAAGUCAGCGUGUGGAUGAAUAUGGUCGUUUAGUGAAAGUUAGAGUAGCCCAUGCACCAAAUAUGGAUGCUCCUGCAAUGCGUAAGCCCAUUGUGAAUCCCAGUGAUUGCCGAAAGUUCAAGGUAGCUACUCGACAAGCAAAUGUAAACAAACUUUUCCAAGCUUACAUUGAUGCUGGAUUUGGUGAGGCUUCCCAUGAUAUGGCUUUGGAAUCUGAAAAGUCCAGUACUCAAGGAACUGAGUCGCUCGGAGUAUAUAGUCACCGCAUAAUCCAAACAUUAAAGGAUCUGAGGGCUUGUGCUGAAUCAUCUCAAAAUGGACCUAAAAUGGAAGGGAUGUCAGGAAUUCCUAAUCGAGUUGUUUCACACAAUGCCAUGAUAGCAGGAAAACUGGGGUCCAGAGUGUCUUGGAGUAUACAAUCAGGAAAGAAAGAAACGGAGCCAAAGCCACAUUUAAAUUUAUAUGAACAGAUGAAACCCUAUAUUUUGACUAAGGAACAAUUAGAAGAAAAUGGUUUCCCCAUGCCAAGUAGCGAGAAGGGUGUAGCUACUAUGAAGCCAAGCUCCUUCCGGGUUAUCCAUCAGCCGUCUGACCCUCGACAAAAAAUAUGUGUUCGGUGUUUAAAGCCUUACUCAGUUAAUAAACAUGGGGAACAAGUAAAAGAUGAAGAAUGCUUCUACCACUGGGGCAGAAAGUUUAAAAGAUUUCGGGAAGCAGAAACCAAAUACACUUGCUGUGAUGGUACUGGCAGUGGCUGUUCCAUAGCACCAUACCAUGUGUUUGAACAAAACUGGGAUAAAAACUCUGGAUACAUGUCAACUUUAUCAAAGCCACACAUGGAGUCGAACCCUGGGAUUUAUGCACUUGAUUGUGAAAUGUGUUAUACUACUGCUGGUAUUGAGCUCACAAGAGUUACUGUUAUUAAAGAGGAUCUAAGUGUUGCAUACGAAACUCUUGUCAAGCCUGCUAAUAAAAUCUUGGAUUACAACACAAGGUUUAGUGGAAUUACAGAGGAAGACCUCAAAGGUGUUACUACAUCUAUUUUACAAGUGCAGGCAACACUUCUAGGAAUGUUCUGUGAUAAAACCAUACUUGUUGGUCAUAGUUUGGAGUCUGAUUUAAAAGCACUGAAGCUAAUUCAUCCCACUGUAGUAGAUUCUAGUGUGGUGUUUCCUCAUAAAAUGGGUCCACCCAAAAAGCGAGCAUUACGGAAUCUAGCAGGAGAAUAUCUCAAAAAGAUAAUUCAAAAUGACGUUGGAGGACAUGACAGCAAGGAGGAUGCUGUUGCAGCCCUGGAAUUGAUUCUGUGGAAACUGAAAGAAGAUCAGAAGACAAGGUGAAGCUUGAAGAUCUUGAAGGCUGAGGCAUUGUUAUUGCUUACAAACGUCCAUCUUUUUUGUGUAUUUGUAUAUUCUAUCCUUCUUUCUUACACAUUGUAUGUCAUACAUAUUGUAUGUAUAUGUGUCAGACUCAAAGACCAUUUGUUCCAAAAAGGGUAUGAAGUCCUUUCUACGUUCAAUUAGCUUUUUAGAGACUUCACUACUCACUGUGGUGUUCUUCUGAAUAAGACUGAUUUGCUGUUUGUUACAGUUCAUUGUAGAUACCUCUACAAAUAAUUUAUUUUGUGUUCUUUGCAACUUAAUUUUACUGGUUGUGAAUGAAGAUCCUAUAUAGUUCUGUUGUGUGAUCGGUACUGAACGCGUUUGGCUUUACAUAAAUUUAAUAAUAAUAAGUAAUUGAUCACACACAAAUCAUACAUGCAGCUCCUGCUUGUGCUCGAACUUAUUUAUACAUAAUAAUUUAUUCUGGAUGAAAGACUCAAAGUCAGUUUGUGAACCUGGUUUGCAGACUCAUCUCACAGCAUUUGAUAAAUUACUGUGGAGAAACUUGAAGAAUAGCUGUACUCCCUUUUUCAUUUUAAUGAGUAUUGUUUCAUCUUUUCAUUCUUAAAAUUUUAUUUAUCAAUUGCUGUGUACACUGUAAUAAAAUUGUGCAACAGAUGCGCUUAGUUGCAUUUUCAGCGGGGAAAAGUUUGUUGUUAACAGUACUGCCUCGAUCUUCUGGUGCUCUCCUUUUUACUGUUUGGUUUUUGUUUUUUUCUUUUUGAAAAUUGUGGGAGCACAGACUAGGUGCAUGUCCCAUUCUCUCUCUUACAAUCUGUGCUGCCUCAAUUUUCAGUAGUUAAUUUUGUUACAGAUUGAGAGUUUCUCUCUUUCAAAGUCUAGACUUAUUUCGGUAAAAGUUCUCAGCACGUCAAUCAGUUUUGUAUAAGCAGUGCUGUUAAUUUUUACUUGGUUUACUUAGUUUGUGUAUAAACAAUAACUUAUAAAGCAUUAUACCUUAGGGUAAAAGAUCCUUAAAAGAUACCAAUAUUGAAGUGUACUUUUCUUGUAUCUCUUGGAGAAGUUAUUAUUUAAUAAGUUGCAGGACAGAGUUAGUACCUCAACUUCUUGUUAAUAAUUGUAAAGUUAUCUUUUAUUGAUUGUGAUAUUACACUGUAUUUAUUGUAUUUGAGUGAUGUGCUGAGUAUCUCUUUAAUUCUACCUCAUCAAUUUCUUUUUUAGUGUACAUUAUGUAUUCUUUGUUGCAGCAUUAUACUUACAGGUGAACCUACCUCUGUAACCUUGAUUUGGCCAAGAUCAAACUCAUGAAUGUCACUUUAAGUUCAUUCGCGGUAAAUACAUGAAAGAUACUGUUUUUCUAGAAGUUUUGGUUAGCGAGGUUUCGCUAUGCUUACAUGAUUGCUGUAAUUCUUUUUGUUUUAAUGAAAAGAGAAGUUGUGUUAAUUUUAGAUGGGGACCAUGCAAAGCUUUGUACUGGUAAACUAUUUCUUAACUGUUUUAAAGAAAUGGAAUGUGGGAUGCCUAUUUUUACAUUAAAAUAGUAAAGAAACCAUGAA